UCAAGGAAAUAUACAUGGCGAUGGGUGCUUUAUUGGCAUAUUCUCUGUAAAUUCUCAUAAAUCAUGGAAUAUAAGCUUUCAGCGAUCGGAAAUCAAUCAUCAUUUAAAGAGAAUGGCUCAAGUCUGCUUGAAGCGGAAUCAACAGAGAUAUACAGAAACUCGUCCUCCUUUGGCGACAGGUCCCAGCUGACCAGUAAUACAAGAGCAGUCUCCCAAUGUAGGACCGAAAAGGCUCAUGAAUUCAAUCCGGAGAAGGAAGCUGCCGAUGAAAGGUACGCUCAGUUACAAGCCAUCUUCCAGGUUGCGGAGGAAGAUGGAAGGGGCGGGUUGGAUAUUGACGAAUUUAAGAUAGCGUUAAAGAAAACUGUUGGCUUCAUGAUGAGAAACGACCAGAUUGAAAUGAUGUUUAAGAAAGUAGACGCUAAUUGUGAUGGUCGCGUGGAUUGGGAGGAAUAUGUUACAUACAAUCUCCUUGAGUAUCAGGAGAGGACACUGAUGAUUGAGAGAUUACGGGAUAGGCCUUUUCCACCAGAGACAAAAGACAUAAAUACUCGACACAGAGAAACCAUAGUCAGAGUAGCAAUUUACCCGACCGUUCAUAAGAAAGCCAGCACAAACAAAUGCUCCCUCGAUUAUAACACAGCGCGCUACGUGUCUCUCAGCAGAGAGGGAAUAGUGACGUUUUGGACUCCAAAGAUGAAACAGAUAAAGAGCUACAUGACCCACCCCCAUGUUGACAGAGCCACACAGCCGUGGCUGACGGACUUCGUGUGUGCCUAUAACGUCAACAUGCUGGCGGUAACGUCUACCGACAGGGAUAUCACGGUAUUUGACACUCAGGCAAACUUAUUCAAGAAACGCUACUACAUAACGGGAAUAGAUAGUUGUAUUACUUGUAUGGAUUACUGGGCAGAUAUCAGAGAUCUGAAUAAGUCUGUCAUGGUCUGGGGAGAUACCUCCGGAUCAGUGUACGUGUUAGUGUUCGAGUGUGCGCUGAAAGGGGGACUCUUUGGUGCUGUUGGGGGGAAGCAGACCGCCUUCAAGAAAAUCUCACUUCCAGAGGUACUGCGAGGGUUUCAUCUUGGAGUCAAAGGAUACAAACUGGGGAAAGUUCACGACAACUGGGUAUCUGAAAUACGAUACAUUCCCGACCUAGACCUUUUUGCGUCUUGCUGUCAAUCGAGUGAAACGUCCAUGUUUCUCGGAGACUAUAACUACAAGACUAAGAAAAUCAACACCUACUUCAAAGUCUAUAAAGGGUUAUUGGCGUUUGACUAUUGCCCUGAAAACAACGUCAUUGCAACUGGGGGAAUGGACUACUUGAUACGAGUUUGGAACCCGUAUGUCAACAGCAAGCCCGUGGUUGUACUGAAAGGACACUGCAAGCCAGUCACUCACAUCGUCGUAAAUUCCUCACGAAGCCAGAUAGUGAGCAUUGACAAAGGUAGAAAUAUUCGAGUAUUCGAUAUGAAAGACCAGACCUGUGUUCAACAGUUGAGCGGACGUGUCAUAAAAGUGGGGCCUCUUCCUAUUUCUUCAGUGUGUUUUAAUCCGGUGACACAGAGACUUGUGCUUGCAACAAAUACUUUGGCAAUGUUGGAACGAAGUUUGGAAGAUGAGAAAAGCGUUGAAAUAAUGUCGCACCAAAAGUCAGUUCACGGGGCUCUUUAUAACAAAACCUUCAAGUCUGUUGUCAGCUGCUGCAAGGAGUCAGUUGUUAGUGUUUGGGAUUUGAACACAGGGGAGAAAAUAAUCCAAUUUGUGAACGCACACAAACGAAUUGAAAGAGGUGUGGAAAUACCUAUAGAAAUCACAGCUAUGACCUUUGAUGAACCCGGCAGGCGACUCAUCACUGGCGGGAGAGACGGCAGUGUAAAAAUAUGGAACUUCAACAAUGGAAGCUGUCUUCAAGAGUUUUUAGUUCCAGACGGGCUGGAAAUCACGGGGAUAGCCAGUGCAAGACAGAGAAUCUACGUGACAGGCUGGUGCCAACUGGUGCACAUCUACAUUGAUGGGGCGAGUGAGGACUACAGGAAAAACUGGAAGAGUCGUCACAAAGACGACAUUCUGUGCAUUGCCUGCAUGGAGCCAAACUUGGUGGCAACGGGGUCAUAUGAUGGUGAUGUGGUCAUCUGGUCAAGAGACACUGGGCAGGUGUACUGCAUUCUGAAUGCAAACAAGGGACUUCUUCCCUUCACUGAAAAUAUCAACAAAAUUGAGACCAAACAAGAAGAAUCCGAAGCGCAAAGUCCAGAAGUCAAGACACCACAGGAGGAGUCCACCCAUUCAGUAGAGGUAGCCGACUGGAAGACAGCAGCAUCGACUAAGACGAUCAAAACAGGGAUAGGGCUUCUGUCUAAAGUCAGGGGCGGUUUACUGAGAAGCGGAUCCUCCUCGGGAAUAAGUGGAUCGAGAUUCUCCAAGCCCGUAGAGUCCCCCGUCGACCACCCUUUGCUCUCGUCCUACGAAACUUACAAAAAGCCCGAGAGCACCAAACGCGAGGAAUAUGACAACAUUUUUAAGAAAUACGAGGCGGCCAUAGAAAAGAUUGUAUUCUUGCAAACAAGAGACCCAACCCGUAAAGAUACAGCCGUGCUAGUGACCAGUGGAGCGGAGGGUUGGAUCCGAUUUUGGUCCAUAAAUCAUGAGGGAGGUCUACUGGGCCAGUUUAAUGCCGCGCACCGUAUCGGCGAGAGUGUCCAUGCAAUGACAACAGACCACCAAAACAACUUCCUCUUUACAGCAGACACCCUUGGUUAUGUCAAGACAUGGGAUAUUUCUGAAUUUUGCAUAUCCAAGAUGCACAAUAGUGCUAAGCGUCUUGUACGAUGGCACUGGCUUCUUGACACUUUUACGUACCUGCGAGUGGAAUGGCGUGGGAAACCCAUGCCGAAGUCUUUCGUUUCAAGAGGCAUGAAACCACAUAACAUUGGAACUCGGCCGCCUCCUAUGAUCACGGAACCAAAGACUACCUUGAAAUGGCCUCUACUCGUAAACUCAUACAGGGCACACACGAAGGCUAUCAAUAGUAUAGAGUAUGUAGAUGAUAGCUCUGUGGUCAUAACGGCCAGUUCAGACUGUGCGAUCAGGGUGUGGACUCUCAGUGGAGAGUACAUUGGAACGUUCGGAGAAACAUGGAAACCACUUUCAGACAAGACUCUAAAGAAACCAGCUCUGAACGAUUUUCGCCUUCCCAAAGACCUACGACGUGUUGCCUCCGCUCGGACAUUUCGUGUUCUGAACCACGGAACUUUUCCCAGGUGGAGGCUCGCAAUCCAAAGAAUCAGAGAACAGGGCUUAGAGAAAAUCUUAUCCCAAUAUGAGCCUGUCAUCCCAAGAGAAGAAGACCCCAAAAAAGACGAGGAAACGGAAGUUAAACUGCAGUCUAGUGACAUCUUGGGGAAAUCUUACAAGCGAAAAAUCCGACACAGGCUACCAAAGCCGCAUCCCAAAAUAAUAGAGACAGCAACAUCCGUAGCCGUGUAUCAUGCAUUGUCCUUUGUCGAUCUCACUGACACAGACAACAUACUAUCCAAGGAUAUCGUUAAAGAAAUGAAGGAGAGGCGAUUUGGUACAAACGUGCGAGACCGCUUGAAAGGAAUAAACCGGAAAAAGGAGCAAGGGCCGGUCAUUCUAGAAGUAUUCAGCAAGGUGACCAAAAAGCCGAUCCUACCCGUGCAGCCUUACAAGAAGAAACCGAGCAAAAUCAAGAAAGCGCACCGUAUACUUCAGAAGAAGGUGAACGACAACCUCCCGCCAGUACUCACAGAGUCCGAGACACAACAGGUGCACGGCAAAUCCAAGCAAGCCAGUAAAUCCGAGCGGAAGGCAGUCCUCUCAUCUACUAGCAACUCGUCUGCCAGCUGAAAUUUUCAUAGACAUUGUAGUCUCAAGCAAUUUCUCAUGUAAAAUAAUACAUGGUUUAAAUGAUCGUUUUUCUUAAUAUGUUUUUGAUUGCUGAGCAAUUUGUUAUUUUCAUGCAGAAAUGAAUAAUGGUUUUGUGCGACUUUUGGAUAAAUAAAAUGAAUCGAG